GCACACUACCACCACAUUCCAAGUCCACUUGGCUGCCUCGUUUAGCCUUCCUUUAGUUGACCCAUUUGACGUGCACUGUACGGGAUGGACGUGCUGCUUUCAUGUCUGCACGUUCCCGAGCUGCGGGCACUCGUGUUUGGAUUCCAACAAGGUAUUCCGUACGCGCUGACACUGCCCAUCAUAUUUGGCGACACCUGUAUGCCUGUGGGCAAGGCGUGGUCGUACGUUCAAAGCCACACGUCCAAAUCGUUCGUCCAGAACAGCCUUGCCUCCUCCAGCAACGGACCCCGGAAUGACGACGGCAGGCAUCAUCACCAUUCCUUUCCCAGCGCCAAGAAGGUUGCUUGUGACUACACUCCACUUCCCGACGACAUCCAUGCAGUGUGGGUCAGGGCAUUCCUUGUCCACUUGAGCCAUCAUCAUCAGCACAUGAACGAUUCCCUGGCGUUUGUCGAUCUGUAUGCGCGUCGAUGGCCGGCGAUGUUUACGCCGGGGGUGCUGGAUGCGUUGGCCGCGUCAGGGGCAACUUCGCUCCUCGCACAUGUUCACAGAACGUGCCACGUCAUUUGCUCUGCGAAAGCAUUGAAACGAGCGGCCCAUUUUGGACACUUGAGCGUAUUGGAGUAUGUGCACUUUGCGGGUGUUUAUCCGGAAUGGAGCGUGCAUGUGCUCGACAAGGCUGCGGCGGGUGGACAUUUGAACAUUGUUAUAUUUUUAAACGCCCACCGCACCGAUGGCGCAACCACAGCGGCGAUGGAUUUGGCGGCGCUUGGAGGACAUUUCGAAGUUGUGAAGUUUCUUCACCAGUACCGGUCCGAGGGAGGCACGACGAACGCGAUGCGCAACGCGGCAAAGGAAGGACAUUUGAGCAUUGUGCAAUUUCUUAGCCGCCACCGACUUGAAGGAUGCACAAAAGAGGCGCUGAAUAUGGCGGCGGCCGCAGGGCACUUGGACGUGGUCCAAUGGAUGGUCCAACAUCGGAACGAAGGGAGCGUGGACGAGGCGAUGCUGUACGGCGCCAGGAACGGACAUGUGGACGUUGUGAAGUUUCUGUAUGUGAAUGGGAGUUGCACACGAACGACUACGCACACGGGGAGCCAGGGGUUGGUCCAAGUGGCGGCGGCCAAUGGACAUUUGGACGUGGUGAGAUUUAUUCACGACGUUGCAGCACACGAGUUGCCACCGUGGGGCUGGUGCAGUGCACAUGUCAAGGCGCUGGUGACCCCCCGCCGGAAAAACGGCGUCGUGACCAGUCUCUUUUAA